UGAGCGAGCCGCAAAUAUUAUGGCCAUUUUGUAUAACCUCCAAAAGUGUCUGCUUGUGUGAAGUCCUCCUACACUGAGAGCGGUGCUGUGUCUGUUUUCUUUCUAAGACUGGGUUCAGCCCAAAAGGAAGACAUUGCUGAAAAUCAACUCAGAGCAAUGGACAAUGAGGCAAGAUCUAGUGCCCCAUCUGGCACAAGUGGCACAAGCACCCCAUCCCGGACACAGGCGCCCCCAGUGCCUCUUUACAGUGGUUCAUCUGAAAGACAGGCUGUUCAGGUCAUCCAGCAGGCAAUCCAUCGCCCACCUAGUAUGGCAGCACAGUAUCUGCAGCAGAUGUAUGCAGCUCAGCAACAGCACCUCAUGCUCCAGACAGCGGCCCUGCAGCAGCAGCAGCAGCAGUUGAGCAGCUCCCAGCUACAGAGCCUAGCCACGGUCCAGCAGGCGACGCUUUCUGGAGGCAGGCAGUCCUCAUCCCCCACUGGAAGUGUCACUCAGCAGUCAAGUGUUUCGCAGACUUCGAUCAAUCUUUCAACAUCUCCAGCAACCACGCAGUUGAUCAGCCGUACUCAGACUUCCAGCUCUUCAGGCAGUGGUGGCCUCACCCAGCAAACCAUGCUACUGGGAAGCAGCUCCCCUACCCUCACCACCAGCCAGGCACAAAUGUACCUGCGCGCACAGAUGCUUAUUCUCACUCCUACUGCAACUGUCACUGCUGUCCAGUCUGAUCUUCCUGUUGUUUCUUCUGCCUCCUCCCAGCCAACUGUGUCCCAGGUUCAGAAUUUGGCUGUUCGCACCCAUCAGACCAAUACUCAAUCCAGUGGUCAGAACACGUCCGUUAAAACCAGCACUCAGGGGCAAACGCUACCUGCUUCCCAUCCUAAGAUGUCAUUGAGCCCUGUGAAAGCCAGCCCAGCACCUGACACCCACAGUGAAGGAAGCAAGAAAGGCGAUAGUCCUGGAACAGAACCCAGAUCCGGCACUAUAAACCGGCUAUCUGCUACUCAUCAUUUGAUAGCCCCAGCUCCAUACCCUUCCAUACAACCUCAGGCGCUAAUUAAACAUCAACCACUCCCACUAUAUACGUCUCCACCAGCACAGAAGGGGAACCACCACCAGUUAAUCAUCCAGCAGUCAUCUCUCCCCAACCGACAGGUACAACCAAUGGCGAUCCAAGUCUCAACCCAGGAGACUCCACCAUCUUCUCAGCCUUGUGUGUCAGUGCAGACCCAAGUGUCAGGAGCAUCUAGUCCAAUGUCUGCCCAGUCCCAGAACUGCACAGUGGUGAGCACAACCCCUAGCCAGCCACAGCAGCAGACAGUUGUUGUUUCCCCUCAGCCUCCUCCCUCACCAACAAGUCCAUCUCAAACCAUCAUUAUCCAGCCUCAAACUAUUGUCCAGGCCCAAACACAAGCCUUGAUAUCAUCUCCUGUCCAGCAAGCUGGUCUCACCCAAGCCACUGUCCUUCCCUCCCUCCUCCCUCCAGUAUCCUCUCCUGUGGUUCAGAGUUCCACCUUACCUCAGACCCCUUUGCUGUCUCAAACGUCCAUCUCUCAAUCUCCGCAACUGCCCUUGCCCCCUCAAACUGCUCCUCCCAGUACUUCCCUGACACAGCUGACUCACACACCAACUGCCACACUCCAGCCUCUCCCAUUGCAGUCUGUCCAGGCACUUGCAGUGCAGUCGGAGAUUUUGACGCCAGGUCACAUGCUGGUGUCGCAGGAGGAGUUGCCUGCAGCAGAAGCCUUGGUGCAGAUGCCCUUCCAGUCUUUAUCUCCUCCACAGACGGUUGCAGUCAACCUUCAAGUACAGUCAUCUGCCCAAAUGGAAGCUCCAGUGGUCUACCAGAUUGAAAGUAUUUGUCAAGAUGAGCUAAGAGAGGACAGAAUUGGCAACAGAACUCCUACACCCCCUGCCCUUUCACCCCUAGCUGCCCCAGUUGAGCUCAAUGAGGAAAUGUCUGAGCGGCCUGAAAAUGACACAGAUCCCCUGGAUCUACAGUGCGUGACCACCUGUGGCAAUGCCUCUGUUAUCAGAUCGGCAGCAGAUCCCUCUUACGUAAGCAGUUCACCUCCUUGUCUUCAGCCUGCACCGGUCCACACUAGCUGCAAGCCCACAUCGGCAAGUCUGUCCAGUGGGUCUGAGAACAGGCCCCCACAGGCAAUCGUCAAACCCCAAAUCCUCACUCACCUUAUUGAGGGCUUUGUCAUCCAGGAGGGCCUGGAGCCAUUCCCGGUAAGUCGUUCUUCCUUACUGAUUGAAAAUCAAGCCAAGGUAUCGAAAGAACAGGGAAUCAAGCAGACCAGUGUUGAGCCACCUGCCUUGAUAGAGAUGGAGCAGCCUGAAAAUUCCACUGACAGCGAAGUGGAUGACAUGAUUACUGAGGGAUCAGUGGUGGAUGGAAAACUCGAUGCAGAGAUAACCCAUAGAGUGCGAUUUGAAUGGAACAUUUGGAAGAAGAUAUCAGGAGUAUUGUGUGAGCGAAGAAUUAAGGUGAAGGUUAAAGAGGGAAUUGAGGAUGCUGUGAUGAAGCUCCUGAAAUGCGAGUUCUGUGGGAAGAUGGGCUAUGCUCACAAAUUCUUGAGAUCAAAACGUUUCUGCUCUAUGUCCUGUGCCAAAAGGUUCAAUGUCAGUUGCACUAAAAGACUCAGUUUAUUGAAGGCAGACAAAGUGAGCCGGUGGGGUCGUAAACCUGAUGGAAGAAGAGGACGCCGACCCGGUGGUAGUGAUGGAAGCAACAGAGAGCAUUUCCAUAAACAGCUCCAAGUCCCCUAUACUGCCACUGAUGAGGUUCAGCCUCAUAUACCACAUGAAGAUGUUCUUUCUGUUCCAAUGAAGACACGGCUGAGGAAACACAGUGAAAGGGAGCGGGAACGAGAACGGGAACGGGAAAGGGGACUCAGGGUGCGUGAACCCACUGACAGUGAGAAGCUGCAGUCAACGCUGAAUGACCCCAUUCUCUGGACAGUUGAUGAAGUGUGGGCCUUUAUUUAUGCUUUGCCAGGGUGUCAGGACAUUGCAGAUGAGUUUCGAUUGCAAGAGAUUGAUGGCCAAGCUCUUCUUCUGCUGAAGGAAGAUCACUUAAUGAAUGCAAUGAAUAUAAAACUAGGCCCAGCACUGAAAAUCUGUGCUCGAAUAAACUUAUUGAAGGAACCCUAAUGAAAAUCUAAAGAGACAGACAGAGAAAAGGGGGUUGGUUUGAGAGAGAGAGAAUGUGAGAAAGAGAAAGAGAGACACCCUGUCAAGUACAUGUCAUUUGCUGCUGCUGAGGUGAAGUGUUUCACUUGCUGGUGAUGUUUUCUUUAUUACUCCAAGGGAAAGCUUUGUUUGCUUCAGUUCCAAUUGUAGAAGUGAACAAUUUUGGCUGGUUUUAUAAAGGGUGUUAUACUUUUUGUAGGUGGAGAAGUAAUAAUUUUAAAUAUAAUCAAAUUUGAAAAGCCAAGGUAAACAUGGUAGACACAGAAUCUAAGAGUCAACGUAUUUAUUUAAUGAUUUACUUGUUUUCUUUGUUGCUAAUUUACAAUUGUCCAAUAAUAUCAUAGAUUAUUCUGUCAGUAUUUGAAAAGAUUUAAUAUAUACAUAUUUUUAGAAAAUUAUUUAUCUGUCUAUAUUUAUAUAUAUAUAUAUACUGCGUAUGUGUGUAUAUAAAUACACACAAUUUUUAAAUUAAUAUAUUUUUUUCUGCACAAGUAGAUAAAAUAGUCUGAUUAAUGCUCCUUCUACAUCCUUCUUAAAUAGCAAAUUAAUGUUUUAAAUCAUUGUGUUACUAAUAAAGCUUUUUAAAGUAAAAUUUAGAGGAUUAUUUGAAAAUUGAAAGAAUCUAGCUCAAGGAGCAGACUAGUGCCACCUCAUUAUAUUUCAUGCAUUUUUCUGAUGUAAAUUAAAGGAGGAAUACAGAGAUAUAGAAAAAGUACAUUUCAUUGAAAAGUGUACGGUCCCUUUGUUUUUCCUGAGUGAUGUAACUCUUGGAAGAUGGCACCUCAUAGUGUGUAGCUAGGGCCUUGACAAUGGGCACAAAAUGAGCCCUAAACCUUUCAAUGAGACACUCAGACUGAGGGAUAAGGACUGCAGUGUGCGCAGAAACCAUUUAGAUGCAAUUUUAGGUAAUUCCAGACCCUGGCGAAUUCAAGGGCAGAAUAUAAAUGUUUUUUGUUCUUGUCAUGGAGAAACACACAUGGAGCAGCAGCAGGCAAAUGUUGUAUGUCAGGACUUGAUGUAAAGAAGCUGUGGGCAUUGAGAAAUAGAAACUACUCCCACUGUUUAAGUAAAGGUUAAAUCAACCAUUGCAGGGUACAAAAAGAAUAAUCACACAGCUAUUUUCUUUGUGUUUUGUUUUUUUUUUCCUACAUUCUUUGUCUUGUUUUAACAUUUUUUAAAAUAUUUUUUCUAGUCUCUGACAUAUUUUGUUUUAAAUUCAGGGCAAUGCCAAUGGGUGUCACUAUGACAUACGGGGACUUGUGCUAUAAUUCAUCCCUUAUCUAGAAGUGUUCUUCUUUCUCUGCCUCUCUCUCUCUCUCUGUUUCUCUUUCUCACUCUCUCUCUCUCUCUCCGGCUCAGCUGGCUUUCCUCCUAGAGACUGCAGACCCACUCUUUGGCUUCUGUAGAAGCUCUCAAGGCCCUCAUCUUUUGCUGACUGUUUAAAGCAAUUGAAUAACCAUUUUUUUUCUGAUGCCAAAGUAAAUGCUUCUCAGCACUGCUUCUUGUGAAGUGUCUGUGCUAUUUUGGAUUAUCAGUCUGAACAGGGGCUUUUAAAUGUUAUAGGCAGGUGAUAUUUUCCAGUAUCCUGGUUUUCCUGUUUUAGGCCAUGUAUUGUUUAUCUAGUAUGAAUACUUAACAAUAUACAUUCCAAAUUUAUUACUUGGAUUUAAUUGUAGUGGAGAAAUAGAUAUAUCACCACAGAAUAUUUUGUUUUGGUUUUGUUGCCUUUCAGUCCUAUGACCCAUUUAUUUAUUUUCUGAACCUACUAUGUCCAGUACAGGCUGGGUGGGAACUAGAACCUGUGCUGAGAGCUAACCUUGGGCAGGACACACUCACUCAUAAAGGGAAAAUGCACAUCUAGUGCUAGAAACCAAUAAAAAGGCAAAAAACCUAUAGGGAUGCUGAGAAAACAUUUUAUAGACAUCACACAGACCUUAAUUCACAAGGAAGCUGAACCCAGCACCUACCGCUGUGAGGCAGCAGUGCUAAUCAGUGAGCCAGUUGUCUCAAACCUUUGAAAAUCAUUUUAAAUUUCUUGUUUAAUCCAUUCCAUAACACAGAAAAUUGACAGAUUUUGUUUAUGUUGCUGAAGUGUUUUACAAUAUCAACAACAGAUGACCAAAUCCAAUUAGUAGUAGUAUAGAAAUAUACAUAAGCACUAUUUUUAAUAUUUUAUAUUUAUUUUCACACUUUUUGAUGCUAGAUUCAUUUUAGAUUAUUGAUAGAAACAAUCAGUGGUGAGUUUCCAGAAAACAAUGCAUCAUGCAGGAUGGCAUAUCAAAAGCAUGUCAGACAAAAGAGCGUAGACAAAUAUGCACCAUCAAAAAAGUAUGUCAUGACAAAUGGGUGAGAAAAAUGCACAUAGCCAGCAAAGGGUCACUGUGUUGUGUGAUUUAUAGCACCAUGAACAAAACCUUUAAAGCAAAGUAUGGCGCUAUAAAGGACCCAGUGCAGCUGCUCUUUGAUUUACAUGCUUUCAAGGUGUUUCUCAUUAGUGUAUGGCAUUUCUCCUCACGUUGUGUCCUCAUGGUUUGCAAGUUUAAUUUGUGAUAGUGCAAUGUCUCUAUCAGCUGAGUGCAUUUGUCCCAUACGAUUUUGUUAUGUUGCAUCUGAGAGAUUAAUGAGUAACUUUAUGAUAUAUGUGCAUAACAUAUGUGCCACUUUUUCAUGUGAUUCUCAAAAAAACCCUCAUAAUGGGAUAUUUUAUAAGUAUAUAAAGUACUUUUUUUUAAUCCUGCACCUUAAUUUGAUUAGCGAAGAGCAUUACAGGAUGACUGAAAUACAUUCGAUUGACAAUAUAUUCAUGGUAUCUUGUCAUUUUAUAUGGGGUGAAAUACAUUUUUGAAAAGUAAAAUUAGAAACCUGUUGUUUCUAAAGCAAAAUAAUGACUGUAAAUGAAAACCACACUUUAAUAAACAAGAGCUUGUGCUUCUGUUAAAGCCGAUGUCGUGUUACCUGACUUCUGCUCGAUGGGUAUGUCAGGCUUAUUGACUUCAGUUGUGGAUCUCAUCACUAGAUCAUGUCAGUUUACAUGACUGAAAAUCCCUGGGCAUGAUGAAUUUAGUGACUGCGUCAUGACUUUUUAGCACAGUCUGCCUUGCCCCUUUUUAAGACAGCCAAUAGUGUGCUGUCUGAUGGAGCCGGCGCAGUAUAAAUUGAUAAAAGAUAUGGCUAGUUCAGAUGCAGACUCUGCCCUUUUUUCUUUUUUCCAUUAUGUCAUGGUACGUCAAACAAGAGACAUCACACAGAUGAGCUUCUCUUUUGUGUGUGAUGUCUAAAAAUUCCUUCUCACUACAUUGUGGUUCUGGAUGAUCAUUUAUUAGUUGUCAGCCCUCAUGCACACAGAACCCGCUCCUACAACUAACGACAAAAUCAAACCUGUCUGAUUUUAAUGUUGCAAGUUAUUUGUGUAUAUGUUUGAUUUAUGUAAUGUUAUCUUUGUAUAAUUCUUAAAUGGAGAUGAGUAAGUUAAUUCCAUUUUUCAAUGAAAAUGUCUGCACUCAGUGUACAGUACACAGGAAUAACUCGAAGUACAAAGAAAUGCAAAUUGAGUCUUUUAAUUGGAAAGCAUUAGAACAAUGGAAAAAAUUAUUUUAAAAUGUUGGUUAUUAUGGCCUGCCUACCCUCCACACCAGCCCCAUACACACCUUCUGCUCUAAGAUAAGGAGUUUAGGUGUUACCAACAUCCAGCCUUAUCUUCACUGGGUAAGUGGAAUGUCUGUUCAAACAGCAAUGUUGUGCAGAAUAGUACACACAGCUAUCACGGUGCACAAGAGCUCAGGUGUAAAUCUGAUGCCACUUGAGUUAUAAAUAAAGUGGAAAUGCAAGUGGGCUGCUGUUGUGCUCCAGUAUGCUAUGAGUUUGCUGAUGUUGCACUUUUCUUUGGGGUUAGGUACAGGUGUCAGCAGAUAUGCAUGAAGGUGAUACCUGCUGAAACAUAGUAGCCAAAUCAAAAAACCAAACCCAACAUAUUUCAUGCCUUCUGAUGCACUACUGAAUUGGCCCAGAUCAAGGCAUCUUCUGUACUUUGAGGGCACUUGGCUAAUUAUCCAUAAAAAGUAUUUGGUGACUGAAAAUCACCUGUAGGUUCAAUGCAGAGAACUGAGUCUGUGUCAGUAUCACUUGCAAUAAUUUAAAUUAAAUAUUGUAUAGUGUUGCGUUUGUCAAGAGGUGGUUGACGACACAGAAUUCAGUGUAGGUUUUCUGUAUUGUAGCCGUACUGACUCUCCCCCAAAUGUACAAACUCCAUAUUUUUGUCCUUCUCUUUUCUUUUUUCUUAACUCACUUCAUAAUCAACUUCAAUACAGAAAAUGCUAGCUACAACCCUAGAACAUCCAUCCAUUUUCCAACCCGCUGAAUCCGAACACAGGGUCACGGGGGUCUGCUGGAGCCAAUCCCAGCCAACACAGGGCACAAGGCAGGAAACAAUCCUGGGCAGGGUGCCAACCCACCGCAGACCCUAGAACAUAGAUUCUUCAAAAUUGCUGAAGAACAUAGUUAUAUCAACUAAUGAUAAACAACAGAUUUUCUUUAUAUAUAACACAGUCUUACAAAUGCAUUAUUUAAUCUCGUAAUGAAAAUGAUAUCAUCUAGUCAACAACAGAUUUUAAGAUUGAGCUUACAACAUUCUUAGUGCUAUGGUACUUUUGGGAAAACUCACCCCUAUUUAUCAUUGUUAACCACCACACUUGGUAAAUUUACUGAAAGAACAAAAACAGUUAUGAUGUUACAUUCCUUAGAAACGCAAAACACAUUUAACACGUAAUUUUAUAUCGAGAGAAAGCAAAAAUAGCAAAAAGGCCUCUUUUGAGGAUUGAGUUUAAAUUAAAGUGCAAUUAAAUCUUCAGAAGCUGUGUCUGCCCAAUUUAGUCACAAACUCAUUUUUUCUAAGGUAUUAUAUACAGCUAUAAAACUACAAUGCAGUUUUUCCAUUAUCUUUACUGUUUUGUUUUUCUCUGUUUUUGUUAAAGUGGUAUCUGGCAUGUUAUAUGAUCUGCUGAGGGUCACACAUUAAGUCAGUGGUGGAGACUGAAACUGCAGCCCUGUGAUCCAGUGCCUUAACCACUAAGCUACAAUGUGUGCCCGGAGGGAUAAGAGGUAAAGACGUAUGCGAGAUGUAUACACAUUGAGUCAGGGGAACCUGCAGCCCAGUAUCUUAGCCACAAGGCCAUGUUGUCUAAGAUCAGCCACCACAGGAUUAUCACUCUGGUUAUUACGUUUUACCUACCUUUUAUGUUUUAAGGGAAAUGGAAUGAAAAGAGCUUAUGUGUUUGAUGAGAAGAGCAAAGACUUUAGGAAAAAGUGUUUAGGAGUGAAGAAAUGAUUAGUGUUUAUUAUAUAAAGCAUGCUGGUGUUUAGUGGAAAACUUGGGUGUGUGUGUUUCAAAUUUUGUUAAAAAUGUGUACUGAAAAUCAAUUGUUUUGGUAGACCUGAGACAGAAUUCUUAAGAUUACAGUAUUAUAAGUUGAAUCAAACAUGAAGUAAUGAAUUAGUCCUGAGGCAAACAAGUAAAAAAUUAAAUCACACCAAUGAUGAAAUGAAAUAUUUUGAAAGGCCCCAUCGUUGUUAUGAAGUCAUAUUCCAGACUUACUCAUGAAUGUUACAAGUACGCAAAUCAAGCACUGUGUUAUAGGUUUAAAAAUGUGUCUUUACAAUUUUUAAGAUUUGUAUUUACUGUUAUAUUCCAUGUUAUUUAUAAUAUUUAUUUAUUUACUGUUCAUUUUACAAAAGGUACAGAGCUUUUGUCUCUCGGCUGCAGGUUAUGUGUGAGUUUUUCAUAUUGCCAGGAGUGUUCAUUGGAAGAACUUCCAUCACCACUUUCUAUGCUUUAUUAAAAAAAAGAAAAAAAGGUAAAAAGCUUGUUUGGACUGCAGCACAGAGAAAGCAAAAAUGGCACUUUAAAGACCUUCUUUGAGUUUAUAACUAGUGUUACUUAACAGUGUUGCUUAAUAUUUCGUUUCAGAAGUGUUCAUGCAUGAACUGUCAGGGUGGAAUUAUACAAUGGCUUUGGUGAUUUUCCUUCUCUCUUGUUUGGCAUAGGAGUGUCAGAACAUUUCGUUUUCCUUUUAUUUACAGAAAAAAAAGUAUUUAUGUGUAUAGUACACUGCUGUUCCAUUCUGUGAUUUUAGCAUAAAUAUGCCUUUAACUCAAAAAAUUCUCUUAAUUCAUUGAGAUUACUCACAGUUUCCUAGUUAUGUUAACCAUUUUUAAUUAUUACUGGAAAUAACACUGUUAGCAAUCAUAAAAUGUCAGCCUGUGCUAAUUCUUAUAGUUGCAAAAGAGGUCACUGUUCCUUGUAGUGUUGGCAUGGAUUCAUUUGUUACCAUUAAUGUAUCAUUUGCAGUUGUUUAAUCAGAAUGCAGAAUUACAGCAUGUAUAUUUCAAACUUUUGCCUCAAUGUGUGUGCAUUUACACUAAUAGGAGGGAAAAUACAUUUAUUUUUUUAUUAUAAAUAUAUGUGACAUAUGAAUUUAGAGAAUGUAAGAAGUUUUAAGUACAGUAUUCUUUAUUUCCUUAAGUGUAUAACAAUGAGCAGCUUUCUUUACUAUAAUGUCAUUUACAUAAAAAAAACAUCAAAUGCUGUAAUUACUUCUAAAAUCACUGGAGUUCAAAAACACAGACAUCAUGUUAACCACCUUGUCAAAUAAACACUUUUUUAAUUCUUCAUUUAUUCUGUAACAAAGCUAAACUCAAACCAAGAUCUUUCAGUAUAUUUAGUAGGAAAUAUUAAAAUUGUAUUAAGGACUGUUUUAAAUAUUUUCCUAUGUGCCUGAAAAUGUUAAUGUUGUUACUGCUGUCAAUGGAAUGAAUAUAAUAAAACUUUAAUUCCAGAAAAAAAUCUCUUUUUUAAAUC